AUGAAGGGGUGUAUUUUCAACAUCGACGGGGGGUAUCUAGAAGGGCUGUGUCGUGGUUUCAAGUGCGGAAUUCUGAAACAAUCUGAUUACUUGAACUUGGUACAGUGCGAAACAUUGGAGGAUUUGAAGCUCCAUUUGCAAGGUACCGACUAUGGCACUUUUCUCGCCAAUGAGCCCAGCCCAUUGGCUGUUUCGACAAUUGAUGACAAGCUUCGUGAAAAAUUGGUAAUAGAAUUCCAACAUUUGAGAAAUCAUUCUGUUGAGCCCUUGUCUACAUUCCUGGACUUCAUCACUUAUAGCUAUAUGAUUGAUAACAUCAUUCUGUUGAUUACUGGUACUCUACACCAAAGACCCAUUUCUGAGCUCAUUCCAAAGUGCCAUCCAUUAGGAUCAUUUGAACAAAUGGAAGCUAUACAUGUUGCUGCUACUCCGGCCGAAUUGUACAAUGCAGUCCUUGUCGACACUCCAUUGGCCCCAUUCUUUGUUGAUUGCAUCAGUGAACAAGAUCUUGAUGAAAUGAAUAUUGAGAUCAUCCGUAAUACCCUCUACAAGGCAUACUUGGAAGCUUUUUAUGAGUUCUGCAAGCAAAUUGGUGGAACAACUGCUGAUGUUAUGUGUGAAAUUUUAGCAUUUGAAGCUGAUCGCCGUGCAAUCAUUAUUACUAUAAACUCUUUUGGCACUGAAUUGUCCAAAGAUGACCGUGCCAAAUUGUAUCCCCGUUGCGGAAAACUGAAUCCAGAUGGGCUGGCUGCACUUGCAAGAGCUGAUGAUUAUGAACAAGUUAAAGCAGUUGCUGAAUACUAUGCAGAAUACUCUGCUCUUUUUGAAGGUGCUGGCAGCAAUGUUGGUGAUAAAACCUUGGAAGACAAAUUCUUUGAACAUGAGGUGAGUCUUAAUGUGCAUGCCUUUUUGCAACAGUUCCACUUUGGGGUGUUCUAUUCAUACCUAAAGUUAAAGGAACAAGAAUGCAGAAAUAUUGUGUGGAUAAGUGAAUGCGUCGCCCAGAAACACCGUGCAAAAAUUGACAACUACAUUCCCAUUUUC